AUGGCCCCUCUCAAGUCCAAGUUGUCUCUGACGAGGCCGUUCAACCAGAACUUUCUGGUGGCAUGUAUGCUUUUCUGCCUACCUGGCAUCUACACAGCCCUCACCGGCCUUGGUGCUGGUGGUGGGCGGCCUGGCUCUGCCGAUGUCGCGAAUAAAACAAAUGCUAUCCUCUAUGGUCUCUUGGCGUUCGUGGGACUCUUCGGGGGUAGUAUACUCAACAUAUUAAGGCCUAAAGUGAGUCUCAUGGUAGGAGCAAUCGGCUAUCCUUUAUAUGUGGGUGGAUUAUGGUACUUUGACACAACCGGGAACUCAUGGUUUCCGCUCAUGUCCGGCGCUAUCCUUGGAAUCACGGGCGGUUUCCUCUGGACCUCUGCUGCAUACGUGCAAUUCUCCUACGCAGAGGAGAAGAGUAAAGGCUUGUGGUCCAUGAGAAGUCUCGGCGCGAUAGUUGGCAGUUCCAUCUCACUCAGCCUAAACAUUGAUCAAGUCAAGCCGGUCGGAGUUUCAGCGCCGGUUUACAUAGCCUUCAUUGUCAUUCACUCAGCCGCAUUCUUUAUCGCCCUCUUUUUUAUAAUCCACCCAAGCAAGGUGGUACGAGAUGACGGUACCCAUAUCGCUUUGUUCCGUAAAGCAAGCCUCUGGACCGAACUCAAAGCCACAGCCAAGACUUUGCUGGAUUGGCGAUAUCUCCUUCUCGCUCCUGCCCAGAUUGUAUGCGAGAUGGCUUUGGGCCUGAUGAGCAGCGUCAACGGUGAGUGCCUAGGUUCUACGCGGUGCCGAGGAAGCACUAACUCGAGAAAAGCUCGAUACUUCAAUUUGAGGACUCGCUCAGUCAACAACCUUGCCUAUCAGGCAAUCCAAGUCUUUGUUCCCGGUCUUCUUACUUGUGUUCUCGAUAGUAGACACAUCAAGUCUCGUCGGACACGUGGACUCAUCGGCAUUGCCAUCAUGGGUUCCGUGGCCAUUGGCGCAUCAUCUGGUCUGAUUGGGUGGCUUGAGGUCAACCAUGUUGAUUCUCUUGACGCCCCAGCUGGCGCAGACUGGCAUGACCCUGAGUGGCCUGGCCUUUUCAUCUGUUAUGUACUGUUCGGAUCGAUCUACUCGGGAUAUCAGAUGUGCACCGAAUGGGUUCUCUCAGCUACCACUAACGACCCCGAGGCUCUUGCUCGAGUCGCAGGCAUGUUCAAGUUUUACUCUUCUGUUGGCAUGAUGCUGUCUUUCAUACUUGCUGGAGAGCGGGUGAGAUUCUUGUGGCAAGUCUUGUUGCAGUUGGUACUCUACGCCUUGGGCAUCGCUGGGAUUGUGUGGGUACUUAUUUUCCACAUCAAAGAGAGUAACUACUUCUUGGAGGAGAAUGUCAUUGCCCCGGCAUCUACCGAGGCGAAACGCAACCAGGAAGGACUAGAAGGGCCAUACGUUGAUGGAUAUGCGGUUGAGGAUGCAUCACCAAGGGAGGUGACGGAUGAGAAGAAGUAG